GUCCCGGCCGCCGCGUCCCCUCGCCGCGGUCUGAGGGGUACCGGGGAGCCUUGGCCCCUCCGCGCUGCCGUCCCUUCCGGCAGUUGGGCUUCUUCCUGUUGUCGUCUCCCGUCGCUGCUCGGCGGCCGCGCUCCCUCGGGGACCCCGGCGCUUGGCGGUCGCUGUCGGGCGGCCCGCACGCCGCGUCUGCGCCGUCGCCGCCCGCCCCGCGCCCCGUCCCCCGGGUCUGCAGCCAUGGCAAUGACAGGAUCCACACCUUGCUCAUCCAUGAGUAAUCAUACGAAGGAAAGGGUGACAAUGACCAAAGUGACACUGGAGAACUUUUAUAGCAACCUUAUCGCUCAACAUGAAGAACGAGAAAUGAGACAAAAGAAGUUAGAAAAAGUGAUGGAAGAAGAAGGCCUGAAAGAUGAAGAGAAACGUCUCAGGAGGUCAGCACAUGCUCGGAAGGAAACAGAGUUUCUUCGAUUAAAGAGAACAAGGCUUGGACUAGAAGAUUUUGAGUCUUUAAAAGUCAUAGGCCGAGGAGCAUUUGGUGAGGUGCGGCUUGUUCAGAAGAAAGACACGGGGCAUGUGUAUGCGAUGAAAAUCCUGCGCAAAGCAGACAUGCUUGAGAAAGAGCAGGUUGGCCACAUUCGUGCGGAGCGUGACAUUCUAGUGGAGGCAGACAGUUUGUGGGUUGUGAAAAUGUUCUAUAGUUUUCAGGAUAAGCUAAACCUCUACCUAAUCAUGGAGUUCCUGCCUGGAGGGGACAUGAUGACCUUACUGAUGAAGAAAGACACUCUGACAGAAGAGGAGACUCAGUUUUACAUAGCAGAAACAGUAUUAGCCAUAGACUCCAUUCACCAGCUAGGAUUCAUCCACAGAGACAUCAAGCCAGACAAUCUUCUCUUGGACAGCAAGGGUCAUGUGAAACUUUCUGACUUUGGCCUUUGUACAGGCCUCAAAAAAGCACACAGGACAGAAUUUUAUAGGAAUCUGAACCACAGCCUGCCCAGUGAUUUCACUUUUCAGAACAUGAAUUCCAAAAGGAAAGCAGAGACCUGGAAAAGAAACCGACGGCAGCUGGCCUUCUCCACAGUGGGCACUCCGGAUUACAUCGCUCCCGAGGUGUUCAUGCAGACGGGGUACAACAAGCUCUGCGAUUGGUGGUCGCUCGGGGUGAUCAUGUACGAGAUGCUGAUCGGCUACCCGCCAUUCUGCUCUGAGACCCCUCAAGAGACAUACAAGAAAGUGAUGAACUGGAAGGAAACUUUGACCUUUCCCCCAGAAGUUCCUGUCUCCGAGAAAGCCAAGGGCCUGAUUCUGAGGUUCUGCUGUGAAUGGGAACACAGAAUUGGAGCCUCUGGAGUUGAGGAAAUAAAAAAUAAUCCUUUUUUUGAAGGUGUUGACUGGGAACAUAUCAGGGAGAGACCAGCUGCGAUAUCUAUUGAAAUCAAGAGCAUCGACGAUACCUCAAACUUCGAUGACUUUCCAGAGUCUGAUAUUCUUAAGCCCACAGUGACCACGAGUAAUCAUCCUGAGACUGACUACAAGAACAAAGACUGGGUCUUCAUCAAUUACACAUACAAACGCUUCGAGGGCCUAACAGCCAGGGGGGCCAUACCUUCCUACAUGAAGGCAGCAAAAUAGGCCUGUGCUGGAGCCCUAGGUGGGCAGGGUUCUCUGUACAACAUUGUGGUUUUCCUCUCGCGCUCUUGAAAGAACUUCCAGGAAAUCUGUAGAACUCAUUACUAUGUCCUAGUCAAGUCUCUGAAAUGUGUAAGUGGAUAUUCCUCCACAGUGCACGGGAAGCUGAGAGGGCAAAGACAAGCGUUUCUCCACCGGCUUCUUUAGAAGCCCUGUGAGUCAGUUUGCUAGGUGUUUUAAAGAAAAUUUGCAUUUCCCAAGUCCAUCAGAAGGAAGGGGAAAAACAGCCACCCACCGUUACCAAGAUGAUACACACCGAGUACCAGCCACUGCCUGUGCUGGGUGAUAGGCACCCGCCAAGCCCACCAAGUAUUUUUCUCUUUAUAGCUGGAAAUUCUGUAGUAAAGAAAAAACGCAAUAACGCAAGUCUGUGUGAAAAGCCAACAGUGGAGCUGAAGGAAGGAUCUCCGUCCUGCAGGGCCGGUAGUUCCUCCCCGCACCUCGGCCUGGGCGCGUGGCUUCCCACAGCCUCAUUCAUGGUGCACUUUACUUAUGGUACUAGGGCAAAGCCCCUGACUCACUGACCUGUCUCCCCAUCCAAAGGCUCAUGCUGCUCUUCUGAGUGUUGGUGGGGGAGGUACUGGUGUGAUCCUUUGUUGCUUUUAGAAAGCCCACAAAGCCACUGGGCACUGCCAAGGAGUUCUGGACCAUCGGGACAGCCCUCACCUCUCUCUCCACGGCUCUCUGAGCAGAUGCCGAGACACAGCUGUCUCCCAGCAAUCCUGCAAGUGCUGCUAGGGCAGCUUGUUCCCGAGAACGUAGCAGGGAACUCCGUGGAGGCGCAGGUGCGGCCGUGCCAGAUCUCACACCUUCCGUGCGAGUCAGGGGGGAACCAGCCCGCCGACGAGUCCUCGAGCUAAUUCCUCAAUCCAUGGUGCAACUGUGUUUGUCUUGGUAUUUCCAUAUCCCAAGUUUAAGUGGCCAUUUUGCCUUGGAAUCAUGAUUAAUUUUUCCUUUGCAGAUGCCUUCCCGGGGCAUAUUUGCCUCUCCACCCAAAGGGGUUGCCUGCAGCGUGGGCUGGCCUGGCCUGGCCUCUCCGCUGUGCUGUUCUCUCCUGAGAAACACUGAAUUUAGCACAAAGUGCCUUCUCUGUCAGCUGCUGCCACCUUUAGAAGACUAUUGCUGCGUCAGAAAAACGUGGAGGUUCCGUGUUAACGCAUCAUUAGUUUGGUUUUACGUGUUAACUGUUAAAGCGUUAUUUGCUCCUGUGUAGAAACUUGCAGUGUCAUGGCCAAGCUGCCACCGGACGCACUCUGCCAGUCUUGAGGUUGUGAAGGUCAGCUCUGUCCUAGCUCAGCCAUUCAGAGAACAGAAUGAAACAGAAAUUGUAAGCAAAACCGCUUUGGGUUUUCUUGUCUUAGAUGAAGAAAAAGGAAUGUUAGAGAGGUCUUAACUCUGGGUAAGGGUGACUGGUGGGCUAGCUCCUUAAUCUUGUAGUCAGAGCCUGCUAGUGCAAAGGAGACGGAAGGUCCUACGUGCAGCUUCGAGCUCUUUGUAUUACCAAACAGUCGGGGUCCUAGCCCGUUUGCAUGUGUGUGGUGAGCAUGGGAGGUGGAGGAGGGUAGCGGUAGAGCCUGUGUGCUGGGGAUGGUUCAUUGGGGAGGAAAUACCCACAUUUUAACUAUUCGACUUCUGAAUAAACUGUGAAAACAGAA